UAAGAUUUGAAUAUGUUACGAUGGAGUUACGCUGUAACUCAUAGUUAUUGAGUUAGGUUGUGGUGAAAGUGGGGUUCGAAUUGUAUUACUAAAAGGCAUUAUUUACAAUUUCUAAUAAAAAAUUCAAUUAAAACUUUUUUCAAGCAAUGGAGUGCGAGUUCAAAUCUCCUCCAGAAGCUCCAGUUUUUGAGCCUUCAGAAGAGGAAUUUAAAGAUCCUCUUGCUUAUAUAGCGAAGAUCAGGCCCAUUGCAGAAAAAGCAGGAAUCUGUAAAAUAAAACCUCCACCGGAAUGGCAGCCACCAUUUGCAGUGGAUGUGGACAACUUCAAGUUUACCCCCCGUAUUCAGAGGCUAAAUGAACUUGAAGCUACCACUAGGACUAAACUAAACUUCUUGGAUCAGAUUGCUAAGUUUUGGGAGCUACAGGGCUCUUCACUUAAAAUUCCAAAUGUUGAAAGGAAGCUCAUGGAUCUUUACUUGCUCCAUAAGAUAGUUCAGCAAGAAGGGGGUAUGGAUAUAGUGAUAAAGGAGAGGAAAUGGGCAAAAGUAGCUGCCAGAAUGGGGUAUCAACCAGGAAAGAGCAUUGGGUCCCUCUUGAGGCAGCAUUAUGAGCGUAUUCUUUAUCCUUAUGAUUUAUUUAAAAGUGGAAAUAGUCUAGGAGAAACAGCUGAUGUAGACUACUCCACAAACAGUGAGUUGAAGAAACUGCAGUUUUAUGGUGCAGGACCAAAGAUGUCAGGCUACAGUCCAAUAAAAGGGAGUCAGCAUGAGUUUUCAAACAACUUGGCUUCUCAGUUCAAGAUAGGAAAAGCUAAAGGAAAAAUUAACCCUUUAAGGUUGAACCUUAGCUGUAUUAUCUCACAGAUUGAUCUUAUUGUGUGUCACAUUUGUGGACGGGGAGAUGAUGAAGCCAAGAUGCUGCUUUGUGAUGGAUGUGAUGAUAGCUACCACAGUUUCUGCCUUAUCCCUCCAAUGCAUGAAAUACCAAAAGGAGACUGGAGAUGUCCACGAUGUGUUGCUCAGGAAGUGGAAAAACCCCAUGAGGCUUUUGGGUUUGAGCAAGCUAAGAGAGACUACACCCUUCAGGAGUUUGGGGAAAUGGCUGACCAGUUCAAGUCCGAUUACUUCAGCAUGCCAGCUCAUAUGGUCCCUACUUCAGUGGUUGAGAAAGAGUUUUGGCGACUAGUAAAAGCUGUAAAUGAAGAUGUCUGUGUAGAGUAUGGAGCAGAUAUUCACACCCUGGAACAUGGCUCGGGGUUUCCAACAAAAACUAGCAAGUGUUCUCCACCAGAUGAAGAGGAAUACAUCAAUUCAGGUUGGAACCUCAACAACCUCCCUAUCUUAGAAGAUUCAGUCUUGAGGCACAUUAAUGCAGAUAUUAAUGGAAUGAAGAUACCCUGGGUCUAUGUUGGAAUGUGUUUUGCUACAUUUUGCUGGCACAAUGAGGAUCAUUGGAGCUACUCCAUUAACUACCUUCAUUGGGGGGAGCCAAAGACAUGGUAUGGUGUACCAGGAGAAAAAGCUGAAGUAUUUGAAGAGGCUAUGAGAGAUGCAGCUCCAGAACUGUUUGAAACCCAGCCAGACCUACUUCACCAACUCGUUACUAUCAUCAAUCCAAAUAUUCUAAUGGCUGCAGGAGUUCCUAUUUAUAGAAUGGACCAGUAUGCUGGAGAAUUUAUGCUCACUUUUCCACGAGCAUAUCAUGCUGGCUUCAACCAAGGCUACAAUUUUGCUGAAGCUGUCAACUUUUGUCCAGCUGAUUGGCUACCAGUUGGACGUGCAUGUAUAUCUCAUUAUAGUCUUCUCCAUCGCUUCUGUGUCUUUUCCCAUGAUGAGUUGAUAUGUAAGAUGGCAUCAGAUCCAGAUAAGUUAGGUAUCAGUCUUGCUGCAUCUACUUUUCUGGAUAUGUUAAAGAUGGUGGAAAAUGAGAGAGUUAUGAGGAAAUCCCUUCUGGAAUGGGGUGUAACUGAAGCUGAACGUGAAGCAUUUGAACUCCUACCAGAUGAUGAGCGCCAGUGUGAUUACUGUAAAACUACAUGUUUUCUUUCUGCACUAACAUGCUCUUGUGACAGUAGUAAACUAGUUUGUAUCAACCAUAAAGAAAAACUGUGCUCAUGUUUACCCAACAAACACUGUUUAAGGUACCGUUACACACUUGAUGAACUUCCAGUGAUGUUGCAUCGUUUAAAAUUGAGAGCAGAGUCUUUUGACUAUUGGGCGGUGAAAGUACAAAAAGCUUUAGAAGCUCCUGAAGAUGAAAAAUUGGAUAUUACAGAGCUGAAAGAGUUGAUACAAGAAGCAGAAACAAACAGCUUUCCUAAAACAGAGAUUUUAAAUGCUUUAGAAGAUGUAAUUGAGGAUGCUGACAAGUGUUCUAGUCUUGCUCAACAGCUUCUCAGUAGGAAAGUUAGGACAAGACAUCUGUGGCAUGCUCCUAGAACCCACUGUCUGCCAGUUUCUGAUAUGAUUGAGCAAGUGGCUCAAUUUGAAAAAGAAGCCAAACUACUGUUGGACCAAGAACUGCCAGAUAUUAAAAAAUUAGAAAAAGCUUUGGAUAAUGGUUUAGCUCUAGAUGUAGACCUGCCCCAACUUCUUCAGCUGAAACAUAAACUCUUACAAAGUCGUUGGUUAGAAGAUAUGAAGUCAUCACUGUCUAAUCCAAAAAAAGUAACUCUUGAGACACUCAGGAAGCUCAUGGACUCUGGAGUGAAUCUUCCUCCUCAUUCUAGUGUGGAGAAAGCCAUGGCUCAUCUUCAGGAUUUACUUACUAAUGGUGAACGAUUGGAAGAGAGGGCUAAAGGCUACGUUCAAGCCAAUCCCCAGAAAGAGUUACAAAUCUUAGAGGAUCUAUUGAAUGAAGCCUGUCCAAUCCCGGUCCUCCUUCCGAACGUUUUGUCAUUGAGAGAUAUAAUUAAAAAAGCAAAAGGUUGGACUGUAUCAACGAAAGGUUCACAGAAUUCAAAUGAUCGUCAAAUUGUUGAGAAAUUUGAGAACCUUACAGCACAAAGUCCUGUCCAUUCAGAACAAGUCAAAAUUUUUUUAGAAAGAGCUCGUCAAAUUUUCCUAAAGAAGAACUCUGUAUAUACACUUCUUCAGGUUCUCUUACCAAGAAAGGAUUUCGGGCUCUACAUUCACAAGAGCAAGAAAAGUAAAUCAAAGGAUGGUAAUAAUGACCUUGAUGAAGAUGUAGAAGAAUCAGCAGCCUUUGAUAACAAGAAUCUUACUGAAACUUUAAGUAGUGCAGCAUUCAAACUUGCCGAACAAAAUGAGAUAGAAGCCAUACGAGAACUGAGGAACAAAAACAUCAACAAGCGAGCUGAGAAUACUAGUGAGACCUGUUACUGCAUUUGUCAUAGGCCACUUACCAAAUCGAUGCUUCAGUGUGAGCUGUGUAAAGACUGGUUUCAUGUGUCUUGUGUUUCAUUACGUCAUGUAAAAGAUUUCUUACCUGCAAUGGCACUUGAUGUUGUAAAACAUUUCAAAUUCCUGUGUCCUUUGUGUCAUCGAUCACGGAGACCGAGGCUAGAAAUGGUUUGUUCUCUUGUGACAUCAGUACAAAAGUUGCCAGUCAGAAUUGCUGAAGGGGAAGCAUUACAGUGUCUCAAAGAAAGGGUGACAUCCUGGCAAAAGCGAGCUAAAACUUUCCUUGCCACCAAAGAGGUGACCACAGCUAUCACCAAGCUGUCAAAAGUAAUGGUAAAACAAGAAGUCCAUGAAGAUACAGAGAAAGACAUCAAUUCAGAAUUGAUGCUUGAUGCACAUAGCCCUGGGUUAACAUCCUACCAGAACAGUAUGGAGCAGUCUGUACAUAGCACUAAACAAGAAAAAGUAAAUCCUGAAACAGAGGUUGAAACUGAAGAGAACAUACUGUCAAUGUCACCAAACUCUGAAAAUCUUGUCCUCGUGACUGAGCAAGAGAGUAAAGGUAUUGAUGCUGAAGAAGCCAACACAACAGGAAGUGACCAGCUGGGUAAAACAGCACAAGAGAAGGCUGCUUUAUUAAACAGUAAGUUAGAACUUACUUGUUCUCAUGCUGAUAAAGAAACUUGUACAACAGGAAGUGACCAGCUGGGUAAAACAGCACAACAGAAAGCUGCUUUAUUAAACAGUAAGUUAGAACUUACUUGUUCUCAUGCUGAUAAAGAAACCCAUACAACAGAAAGUGACCAACUGGGUAAAACAGCACAACAGAAGGCUGCUUUAUUAAACAGUAACCUAGAACCUGCUUGUUCUCAUGCUGAUAAAAAAACCCAUACAACAGGAAGUGACCAACUGGGUAAAACAGAACAACAGAAGGCUGCUUUAUUAAACAGUAAGUUAGAACUUACUUGUUCUCAUGCUGAUAAAGAAACUCAUACAACAGGAAGUGACCAACUGGGUAAAACAGCACAACAGAAGGCUGCUUUAUUAAACAGUAAGUUAGAACUUACUUGUUCUCAUGCUGAUAAAGAAACUCAUACAACAGGAAGUGACCAGCUGGGUAAAACAGCACAAGAGAAGGCUGCUUUAUUAAACAGUAAGUUAGAACUUACUUGUUCUCAUGCUGUUAAAGAAUUCUCAGGUGAAUCAAGUUUUUUUAGAGAUGCUGUCAAUUGGGUACAGUGUGAUGGAGGUUGCGAGGAAUGGUUUCACCUCCACUGCAUGGGACUAGAAUUGAACGACAUCAGUGAAACUGAAGAUUAUAUUUGUCCCGGUUGUGUUCCUAAUAGUGAUUUCUCAAGUUUGUCAAUGGAUUGUUUACAAGAGGAAGAGAGCACACUAGAUAUCGUUAAAGAGAAAUUAGUUACAGCCAAGAUGCAGCAUUCAAAUAGUCCAUCUAAUGAGAUGUAUCAACUAAAAUCAAAGAAGUUAAAAGUGUAUAAAAGUGGAAAAUCAUUUGUCAGUGAGUCAGAAUCAGUAAGUAAAAGUUUCCAGUGCAAGAGUAACUCUAACUUUGGAUCUUCGAGGCAGGUGAAUCCUUUCGUGAAAAAGACUUUUAGGAUAAAGACUCAGAUUAGUGAAAGCAAAGAAUUGCAGUCCAAUGAAGAAACAAUGACAACAGAACAAGUUGUCCUGUCUGAAGAGGAAGAAGAUUUUUGUGCAGCUAUAGAGUGUUUACGACCAACAGAACUGAUGAUGGAAGGAGAUCUACUAGAGGUGUCAGUAGAUGAAAGUUAUGAUAUCUGGAGGAUAUUACAAGCAUCUAAGCCUUCUUGUGACCAUAUGUCUAGGGUUUUUUUUCUCAGAGAUGAAGAAACUGACAUAGAGAUCUGUGAAAAUCUGGAAGUAAAUAAAAAUAUUAAAAAAAGAAAAUUGGAGGACGGAAAACAAGUUGAUAAAAUAAAGAUAGCACACUGUGUUAUGGUAAUUAAGAAACUUUUUUCUAGCACACAUUACCUUCAGAACUGUUAA